CGGCGGCGCUGGGGGCAGCCAUGACGCGGAGCUGCUCGGCGCUGGGCUGCACCGCCCGCGACACGGGGCGCAGCCGGGAGCGCGGCAUCUCCUUCCACCAGUUCCCCGUGGACGCCGCGCAGCGCCGCGAAUGGAUCCGCGCCGUGAACCGUAUGGACCCGCGGAGCCGCCAGGCCUGGCGGCCCGGCCCGGGGGCCAUCCUCUGCUCCAGGCACUUUACCGAGGACGACUUCGAGCGCUACGGCAUGCGGCGGAAGCUGCGGCGGGGGGCCGUGCCCUCCCGCUUCUUCCCCGUCCUGGAGCCGGUGGGCAUCGGCUGGUGGUGCAAGCCCUCCAUCCGAGCGCUGAAGCAGCCUGUGCCCAGCCCCGCCGCGGAGAUCGCGGCCGGCGACCACAACUACAGCCUGAAGGAGGAGGAGGCAGGCGCCGGACCGCCGCCGCCGGAGACCCCGCCUGCGGUCAAGAGCUGCGACCCCGCGCCCCAGCCCCGAACGGUGGGGACCAUCCUCCGGGAGCUGGCGGAGAAGCAGCACCUGCCUGAGGAAACCCUGAGCUUGCUGCUGGCCCAGUUCUCAGAUCUACCUUGUGAGCAGCAGAGCUGGAGGAAGAUGGCAGAGUACUCCCUAGAGAUGAGGCAGUUUGCCUGUGCUCUCCAACUCUACAACAGAAAGGCCUACGACUGUCUGCGGAAGAUGUUUCCCCUCCCUAAUCCUUACAGCCUGACAAACUGGCUGUCCACCAGCGAGGCUGCUGCAGGCUUCAGCAGCAGCAUCUUCGCACGCCUUCAGGAGAAGCUGGAGAGAGGGGAGAAGGCCUACUGCUACUGUGCCCUGAUGGUGCAGGACGUGCCCCUGCAGAGGCAGCAGGAGUGGGAGCUGCAGGGCCGGCGCCGGGCAGGCUUCAUCGACUUGGGCACGGGCGCCCUGGACGCCGACGAGGCUCCGCUGGCCUCGGAGGCCGUCCUGCUGAUGGCCGUGGGCAUCUCCAGCCCCUGGGCUGCCCCGCUGGGCUACUUCCUGGUGAGCGGCGCCAGCGGCCCCUUGCUCGCCCAGCUGCUUCGGCACACCAUCAGCAAGCUGAACAACAUCGGCGUCACGGUGCUGGCCGUGACCUCGGGUGCCACCGCCCGCGGCGCCGCCGCCGCCGCCGCCCUGGGCAUCAGGGUGGACCCCGAGAGGGUGCAGUGCACCUUCCGGCACCCCCCCGGCUCCGCGCACAGCGUCACCUACCUGUACGACGUCUGCCACGCUCUGCAGCUGGUGAGCAACGCCCUGCAGGACUUCCAGAAGGUGGAGUGGCUCGGUGACGCCGUGCAGUGGCAGCACGUGGUGGAGCUGGCGGCUCUGCGGGAGCAGAAGGCCUCCAGAGCCAGCGGCCCCAAGUCACGCAGGCCCAGGGGUAAGGAGAGCUCCUACCUUAAGGUCAACCUUGCCACCCUGGUGUUCAGCGAGGGUGCUGCUGACGCUCUGGAGCACCUGCAGAAGCUGGGGCUGGCCUCCUUCCAGAACUGCAGCGGUACCGCCAAGUUCCUGCGCCUGAUGAGCAGGCUGUGUGCCCUGUUUGACGGCAGAGGCGCCUGCAGAAGGCAGCUGAAGGGGCUUUUGCUGACUGGAAAUCACACCAAAAUCGGCCACCUCUCCAAGGAGAUCAGAAGCUGCUUUACCGCCCUCAGGGACUCCAGGGGCAGACUGGUUCUCAAGGGCAAACGUAAGCUGGGCUUCCUGAGCUUCCUGCUCAACACCAAGAGCCUCAGGUGGCUCUACACCAAUUACCUGUGUUCAGAAGACUCUCCUUCCCACCACCUCCUCGCCUCUGCCUUCAGCCUCGCCCCUCUGGAGCAGUUUGUCAGGGCCCUGCUGGAAGCCUGUGGCAGCAGGAGCCCCACCUGCGCCGCCUUCCAGGCUGCCUACCACAAACUGCUGGGGGCCUGCAGCCUGGCCCCGGGCUCGGCGCACGGCAGCGGCUCAGGCCACGCCGGCUCCUUGGGCCUGGCCCCGGCGGGCAGCAGGGACCUGACCCUGGGCAGCGUUCGCGCUCGGUGCGCCCCGGCGGGCAGGGGGCCGCCGGCGGCGCGGCGGCCCUGCUGUGCGGCCCCCACGGGCAGCUCUGCGCUGAGCGAGGCGCUGACAGACCUGCCCCUGCGGGCGCGGAGCCUCGCCAGCGCCGUGGGCCGCGUGGCGGAGCAGCUGGCCGAGGGCUUGGGCUGCCAGGACUGCCUGGCCUCCCUCUUCCAGCUGGACGAGAGCAGGCCAGGGCACGGGGCGGUGCUCUACGUCAGGAAGGCAGCCGGCGCGGCCCUGCCCUCGGCCAGCCUGUGCCGCAUCGCAGGCGCCUCGGAACGCGUCCUGAGGUGGCACGGCGAAGGAGGAGAUGGCGGCAAAGCCACCGAGCUGCGGCGCUUGUCUCUAGAGCAGAAAGCAGCUCAUUUGAGUGGCGAGGAAGCUGCCCUGGCAUCGAGAGCUGAGCUUGAGGAGCCAAGCUUGGCAGAGCUGCUGCGCGGUCAAGUUAGUCGCAUGGGAGGCGCGGUGGGGCGGCAGGCAGGAGCUCGACUCAGCCGCAGGCAGGAGCUCGACUCAGCCGCAGGCAGGAGCUCGACUCAGCCGCAGGCAGGAGCUCGACUCAGCCGCAGGCAGGAGCUCGACUCAGCCGCAGGCAGCCCCAGCUGGAACGCGAGGGGCUGUGACUUCUGCCGCGCUAUCCACCGCGGCACCGGGAGGGUUUUGAUUGGCGUCAGGAAACAACGGCAGCGCAGGAAGGCGGCCGAGGAGAUCGAUGCAUUGAUCUUUCAGGAGCGCACCGAUGCCACCCCCUGCACAAUGGGUACAAUGGGUACGGGAGUGGGCACAGGGAGUCAAGUGGGUGUCAAGCUGGAGGCACCCAUCGCACUUGGCAGCCUCGGGCUGGGGCUUGGAGAUGCAAAUGGUGUAGAAGAGACUCUGGAGGAUGGGACCCGCGGCCGCACAGCGCAGAAUGAGCUCCGCGCUGUACCACAGUUGCUGCUCUCUGCUGUUGUACUGUUGCGAGGAGCGCCGCUGACGGUGGCGGUGAUGGGGGGUGGUGUAAGGGGCCGGGAAUAG